AUGGACGUGGAUGGUAAUACAUUAGAUAGCGAUUUAGUAGAUAAUAAUUUAGACAGCCAAAUUUUCGAUGAAGCAGAAAUUGGCAAUAUUAUCUUAGAUGAAGGUGCACUAGACACAGAAGCAGUAACUUUUAAUGCAGCAGAAAAUGAAGCACUGUUUAAUGAUGGAUUAGGAGGCGACAUGCUAGAUGUUGGUAUGCCAACCGAUGAUGUGGUGUUAGAUGAAAUACCUCAUGAGGGAAUAUAUGUCCAGGAUUAUGUAGACGAGGCCACGGUGAACCACGAUUUUACGGAUAACGGAGGGUUAGGUGAAGAAAUAAUGGAUCAUGAAAUGCUAGGCGAUCAGCCAAUGGGUGAUGAAGUGCUAGGUGAGGGAAUGGGAAAUGAUAUUUACACAGCUGAAGGAAUGACAGAUGAUGCAUACACUGGUCACGUAAUGGCAGAUGAAGCAUACAACGGUGACGUAAUGGCAGAUGAUUCAUACGGAACCGAAGGAUAUGUAGAUGUACAGUACGACACUGACAGAGGAGUAGAUAGUGAAUAUGUAGCCAAUGAAGAGUCAUAUGAUAGUAUCGUAGUUGAUGAUAUGGCAGAUGCAGGUAACGCGUAUGAAGAACUAGACAGAAUGGGCGAUGCUAAUCUAGAAGAUAUUAACCCAGAGGACAUUAAUUUAGAAACUCUUGAGUACGAAGGUGCGGGCACAGAAGCUAGUGAGUACAAUAAUGUAUACGCAGAAACUGGCGAUUAUGUAGAUAACGUAAACGUAGAAAGUACUUUAAUAGAUGGUGUCGACACUGUUAGUACAAAUACAGCUGAUAGCAGCAAUAACAUGUUAGGUAGUAACAUACUAAGCAGAGGUAGUGUAUUGAGUAGAGAAAUGUUAGAUAAAGCUUUCCUCGCUAAAUUUGAAGACAGUGGUUUUCUACAGAGACUAAAAGAAAGCUACAGGAACUUAUUCACGCCAAAGGGGUUUUUAGGUCUCGUUCUUUCAUUAUUAAGUAUUGUUUUUUUUACAAUAAUGUGUGCGAAUUUUCUGCAGCUAAUUUCAGUGUCGUUAGAGAAGCAACAACAGAAUAUCUUUGCCAAAGAGGAUCCAUUUUUGGCCAAUAAGGGACCCAACUUUUAUGAAAACACCCCAGAUGCAACGGAAAGAUGGAAAGAAAACGAAUGGAACAUGUGGAAGAGACAAUUGGAUAACAGCUGGGGAGAAUUCAACGAAUCUGUAGAAAAUGGAAAAAAAAAAUGGCUUGUAAAUAAGGACAAAGAUUGGGAAGAUUGGCUAAGAGUUAUGGAAACAAAAUGGAUGCAUUAUAAUGAAACAAUGGAGAGAGAAUAUAAAUCAAACCUUUUUGAAAUAUCUGCAGACUGGGAUGACGAACAGUGGGAAGAAUGGAUAAGAACAGAAGGACAACAAUUCAUGGAGUUAGAUUGGAAAAAAUGGAUGUAUGAAAAUAAAUUCCUCUUAGAUGAUUGGGCUUCAAAAGAGUGGUCCAAAUGGAAAAAAGACAAAAUAAUGUCAUGGUUGUUAUGUGACUGGAAACUUACUGAACAGAAAUAUUGGGAAGAUUGGGAAAGUAAGACAUGGCCAAGAUUUAUAUAUUUAAGAGACAGAGAAAACUGGAUUAAAUGGAAAGAAAGAAUAAAUAGGGAAUGGGAAGAGUGGACAUGCUGGGUACAGGAAAAAGAUAACGUAUUUGUAAAUAACAAAUGGAAUGGUUGGUCCAAAUGGAGAAAUGAUAGACGAGCUUUGUUUGAUGAUUGGAUGAAGCCGUUUAUUGAAAGAUGGAUAAAUCAAAAACAGUGGAAAGUGUGGAAAGAAGAAAGAAAUUAUGCACUUAGGAGAAAUAAUGCCUAA